GCGACAUUCAGAAGCAGCAAGGGCGGAGGCCCAAGAUGAAUGUAAGGCUUUCGCCAUUGUGAUCGGAAUCACCAAGUAUAAGUAUGAAGAAGAGGAAGGAGCAGGAGGACUUGGAACAUUUGAGGACCUUCCUGGAGCAGAGGUAGAUGCAACACGCUUGUCAGCGACUUUCACAAGCAUAGGAAUCAGAACGAAGGUUCUGCCAAGUACUUGGAAUGCCAACGAAAUAAAGGAGGGCAUCAAAGAAGCCAUCAAAGACUUAAAAGUGGAGUGCACUCUUUUGUUGGCAUAUUCCGGCCAUGCGCUUAGUUCGAAUGACGGGCAGACUUGGGUGGUACCUUCACAAGCAAGACAUUAUGCAGAUUGCAUCCCGCUCAUGGCUUUCGUCCAGCAGUGUGUUGAGGAAAAGGCAUUAAAGUACGUGCACGUUUGCUGCUUCUACUUCUCAUGCCGAGUUGCCGACGAAGAGCUUCCCCACGAGCCCGUGCUUGCACGUGACGAAACCAACAAAUACAUCAAUGUGUACAUGUGUCCAGCUGGGCACGGCCUGACAGACUGGUGUCACGGUGCGCAGUCACUGUGCUACCUUCUUCAGAUUGGCACGUUUGAACUUCCUGAUUUGCUGAAGAAGUUUGAAGAAGACAGCCGAUUCUUGUCCUUAGGUUCAGUUCAGGUCGAAGUGGACCAACAACCCGGAGAGCGCAUCCAACUUUUCACGCCGCCUCCGCCGCAAACUUUACCUUCCUACGAGGCGAUCAUGAGCAAAAGACAGCUGGACCACAUACAAUCUGCCCCGCUUUUUCGGUAUCUUCUGAACUCCUUGUCUGACCGUGCUCUGGAGAAUGUCAUAGGUCUGGCUGACCAAAGGCACAUGAGGGGUCUGCUAGGUCAAAUUGCACUAAAGGUUGCAUGUUUGCGAGAGUCUCAGCGAUUUGAAUGUAUCGUGUCAGAGGUUCCAUUCCUUCAGGCAGAAACUCUCCAAGACGUUGACACGCUGCUGGAUGAUAUGCAGGCAGAGAAUGGAACCGAUAGCGCCAUCAAAGGGAACAACUUGCCAUUGAACCUGCUGAAAGCGCUCAAAGAUGAGAUGCAAGACUUACCCCGGCAACGUCAGCAAGCUUGUUUUCCCAACUUAGUAGAGAUACUGGAAGCGCUGAAUGAUUAUUAUUGUGAGCUGAAGCUGCCCAAGGAGUCCUCGCAAGUGCAUGUUGAGGCAAUGAAAGUUUCCAACGUAGCUAUCAGUGCGAAUCCAGAGCGAAAUCUCUUGGAGUGCAUCGGCAGGCUCAGCUACGAUACCCCUUUGCAAGAAUUCUUCCAGGAUCCGCAGUUCAUGUCGUUUCUCGUGUAUGGGAGCCUUUGGAUUGUGGUAGUGAAGCCAGUGCCCUUCCUGGAGGAUGAAAGGUCAAGGAUUCGCAAGGGUGUCUGCAAAGUGGUUGAAGUUCUGCGAAGUCAAGUUUCUAUUUUUGCAGGUGCAACAGAGCCGAAACACAUUCCUCACAGUGCAAUGCCAGCUUCAGUCUUAAAUCUGGUGCUUCUUGCAAGGCAAGCGGUUCCAAAAGACAAAAUGCCACGAUGGGUGCCAUUACAGGCAGGAGAGCUCAUCAAACUUGCAAAAAAUGGAAGAGAUGAGGAGAGUCACAUGCGACUGAUGGAAGGUGGCAUAGAGAAAAGAGGGCUCUCUUGGCUGAAAGGCACUGCCAACCUACGUUUGAUCGCCGAAAGGAACGCCGACGAGCUCAAAUGGCAUUCGCCAGGUCUUUGUGAGGAGCUGGAAAGGACCUUGCGAGAAGGCAUGCCAAACGAUUGGUCUGAAGAUGAGUGGGAGAUAGUUAGAGCUGUCCGAUUUCUUUUGCACUGGUUGGACUGCCAAGGGAGGAGUGAAGAGAUGAUUGACCUUUUGAGAAAGACGAGUUGGUCCUCCAGCAAAGCCAGUUUGCGCCGUGCCUUGAAAGAGAUCCUGCUGUUUUAUUGCAAGCCUCGUCCCUUGCUCCGAGGCGGCGCUUGGCUAAAAGAGCUCCCAGAGGAUCUGUGCUCAACACUGGUUGAUGAUUUAGAGGAACUUGAGUCACUGGGAGCUGGUGACCCGCCUGACUCUGACAUCGAGAGUUUUGCUGCCCUGGUGUUCAGGGCACAACUGCAAGAUUGGCUGCGUGCUUGCCGGGAGUGCAGAGACAGCUUGAGAACACGUCUACUCAAUCGUAAAUGCCUCAGAAGCUUGGAAGCAGAUGCAGGUUGGGUGCUGGCAGUCCUCGCUUUAGCCUCUGUCUGUGCCCGCUGCCCUGCCUUGCAUGAUGCAUGCUUUGAAGAAGUCUUCUGGCAGAGAUGCUGCCUUCAUGCUACCACCAGAAAUUGCACUGUCAAACUAAUGAAAGGGUUGCAUCUUGCUUGUAACGAUGACCCAGCCCACCUUCUGAGAAAGAUGCAGGCAAGACUUCCGGCAGGUUCAGCACUGGCAGACUACUGCCAGGUCAGUGGAGCACAUGCUGCAGAGAAUGCAGCUGAAUCUGACUUGUAUGUAUUUGUGGUCUCUUGUGGAGUGAAAGAAAUUGUUCGAUUGGAAAGCAGUAAUGAGGUAUUGUGCCGCUUGAAUCCAGUUGUUGAGAGACAGAAGAGACGCGUCUUUGGGAGGCGACUGCAGAAAGAGCUCGGGGAGCCCCUCCGCAGACUCAUCCUAGACCCCGUGCUAGCGCAGACAAACUGUACACACUUGUUGGUGUCGCCAGAUGAUAUGCUGUUCCCCUUGCACUUUGGUUCGUUGCCAUGGCCAUUGGAUGACACAGCUGUGGCCUGUCACCUGUCAGUUACAUAUUUGUUUGGGGCAAUUGACUUGCUACAAACUGGUCCAACCUCGAGAUCUCCAAACUCGCCAGUGAUCGUUGCUGCCGCAGAUGUUCCUGAUUUUGUAGAGCUUCCAGGAGUUGAAACGGAGGCUGAGAAGGUUUCCAUGUGGUUGAACCAACAGUUUGGAGCUGUCAAGCUGUACAAGGGAAAAGAUGCGUCCAUACAAGCUUUGCAACAAGUGAAUGUGCCCAGUAUUCUCCAUAUUUCUUCAGCAUCUUAUAGUGGCGGACUGGUGCUUUGUGACUCUGCCAGUCGCUGCUCAGGCCACAUCACCUCUUCUGAAGAGCUUUUGGCAUUGAAUUUGGAUGGAACUGAGCUCGUUGUACUUUCAACUUGCGAGGUCACUCGAGCCACAGCGGAGGCAUUUUACUUGGCAGGUGCGAGAUCUGUUGCCUUUUGCUUGACGAAAAUAAGUGACAACUCGGCGAGCGUCUUCGUCGAGCAUUUUUACCGGAGUCUCUUCGACUCACAAAAGCCUCUCAGCAGAGGAAUAUCUUUACAGCAAGCUGAGAUUCAAGUGAAGCAGGCUGAGAGCUUGCUGCAAGUCGCAGGACAUUGGGUGCUCUAUGGUGCAUUUGAUGAGAUGCAGGUGUCCUCAUCGUCCGUAGAAUCCCUUCAAGUGCAAGAUCGAACCCAUACGUGA